AUGAUAAUGAUCCCUUCUUUUAUUCUGUGGGAUGUGGGAUCCUCGGUAUAUACAUAUGGAUCUCUCUUCAUUAUUGCCCUGGUUAUUUGGCAUGUGAGAAGGAGCCACCGAGGAUUAAGGUUGGGACCUAUCAAGAGCUGUACCAAGUGUUUCCGAAGAAUCAAGCAAAAGCCUAGCGAUAGAACGAUAAGAGUUAAGAAGAGGACAUCCAAGGAAGAAGCUGAGAAACUGCAGAAGCUGCUCUCUAUCAUGAAAAGUCAGGGCUGGCUCCCUCAAGAAGGAAGUGUGCGACGACUCCUGUGCUCAGAUCCCUCUUGCCCAAUCUGCAAUGCCAUGGCUCUGGAAAUUCAGCAGUUGCUGGGGGUUGAGAACAAAAAGAGCUCUUCCAGUCUACUGAGGCGAUCGUGUAGCUUUUCUUGCCUGGAGGCAUUGUCUCCAUCCAAAGUGUUGGUUGACCAGAGCUCAGAGCUCAGUUCCCAACACUCCAGAGACAUUUUAUUGCCACCCAGGCUCACACAGCCACAAUCAACAGAUCAGAAAUUGACUCUGUCGGCUCCUCUGUCCACCAGCAACACUGUCCUCCAGUGUUACCAUCCUGUUACUCAGCAACAGCAGGAACCUCAAGGGUCAAAUGCAUUCCAGGAUGUAAGCGGUCUGUCAUCUUCAAGUAUGGAUGAGCAUAGGGUGCCUGCAAACCAACAGAAGAGGAGGAAGAAAACCAAGAAACUUGUCUCGAAGAGCCAAGCUGCACCCUCAGAAGCUGAACUGGGAAACAAGAUGACGUUCUUUUCUCACUGGGUUAACCCUGAAGUGAAAUGUGACAGACCGGAGGAACCCAUUGUCUUCUCUAAGUCCGAGACAGGGGCCAAACCCAAGGCUGGAGAGCCCGAGAAGAGUUCUGCCGAAGUCCGAGCAGAGGGACCCAACGUGGAGAAACAUGCGAAAGAUCUCAAAGCCAAGCCUCUCCAUGCUAAGAGGAACAUUUGA